AUGGCUUCAAAACACGCCCGGAUUGCGCACUUCCUUCGACCUCGGUUUACGGUGGCAUACAUCCUGUGGGCUAUCGUAGCCAUUUACAUCUUGUACUGCUAUAUCUUUUGGUCUCCCCUUUUCGCCUCGAAGCUCCCGCAGUAUACCGGCCCUCACGAUGUUGGUGCCAUUGACAUUGAAGUUCCAGUAGAGGACCCGCGGCAAAUUGUUGACGGAGUUUUCAAAUCCGACAGAAAGCCAGCUUUCGAGCUCGACACAGUGCUUUUCACGCUCUACUACCCUGCUGUCAAAGGAUCUCAAAGUUCCAAGCCGAAACACAAGUGGUUUCCCAAGCCGAUCAGCCUGAUCGCGGAGGGUUAUGCUACCGCGGCGCAUUUCAACAACUUCUUCUCAAGGCCAUUGUUUACGUUUGCGCUCUGGGGCUUGGCAUCGAGCAUUGAUAUUCCUGCGAAGGUCGAUGUGCCAUUGCUCGGUAUCUCCGAAAAGGCCGAUGAGGAACACCUGGACAAGUUUCCCAUCGUCGUGCUGUCUCAUGGCGAUGUAAGCUCUCGCACAGACUAUACUGCGUAUUGUGGCGAGCUAGCGAGUCGCGGAGUAGUCGUGGCCGCCAUCGAACACAGAGACGGGUCUGGCCCAGGCACUUUGGUGCAUCUGCCUGACGGAAAGAAGGAUGUAAUCUUCUUUAGAGCAAACCAGCUGGAGGCAAAGAACCCAGGCGAGGAGGUCUCCAACGACGAUUUCAGAUUCAGGAAGUUGGCCUUUCGGGACGUUGAGAUCCAGGAGACGAUCACUGUUCUAGAAGCCCUCAACGCUGGAAGCGGAGCGAAAAUCUUCAAUCAAAACUACCGCAAGGAAGGAAAGAACCUAGAUGCUUGGAAGGAUCGCUUGAAUAUAUCCCAGACCGUCAUCGCUGGGCAUUCGUUCGGAGCCACCGGAGCCAUGCAAGCGCUCAAGAGCGCCAACAAAACCGCAGCAAGCGAAAGCAGGAGCAUCUACCGCAAUCCCGCCAUUGGUGGUAUUAUCUUAGACCCGGGCAAAGAAUCCGGCCGCCUGAAUACCGACAUCGACGUUCCUCUCCUCAUCGUCCACUCUGACUCUUGGUCGAAGAAAUACACUAUCUUCUACGGUAGCCCACACUUCGACACGGUCCGAGACAUAGCGCGCGACGUCCUCAAGCGCUGCGGAGCGACCUGGUUCAUGACGUCCCUACAGACCUCGCAUCCCAGCAUCACUGAUGCACCUCUCAUCGAGCCGUUAUUAUUGUCGUGGACCACAGGCGCGACAAUUGAUGUAAAGGAGGGGCUGAGGGAGUACACGAGGGUGAGCAUGGAGUUCCUCCACUAUCUCAGAGAUGGGACUAGGGAUGGUGUGCUUGAUGUGGGCGUCACGCACGAGUCGUAUGGCAACGAUACAAGGACGGAUCUGCAGAAGGAAAAGAUGGAGAAGAUGGGUGAGAGAGUCGCAAAGUACUGGGAGGUGCAUGUUGCGCCACCGCCGAGCUUUGUAGAAGAUGAAUGAGGGUUGUCCCCGGAAGGGGGGGGGAUAGAGCGCAGUACCGGCGACGCAAGCAUACCUCACAACAUUUAGUUCAAAAUUCCACACU